AGGUGCCCUCUGACCCCGGAAGUAGAUGACCGCCGGUUCCGUCCUUCCCCAAAAUGGCGGAGGCGGUGGCGGCGGCGACUGAAGACGAGGAGGAGAUAGUAGGGCCCCGACUGCCGCAGCUACUAGAGACCGGCCGCCGGCUAUUAGGUGAAGUCGAGGACACCAACGAGUCGACGAACUCCAGGUUUAUCCAGGAGAAGGUGAAGCAAGGUUUGGAAAGCUUGGAGAAAGCUUCCCGCAUGAUGGCGCAGCUUGACCUGUUCAGCCCCAAUGAAGACUUGGAAGAAAUUUCUUCCACCGACCUCAAGUAUCUCUUGGUACCGGCUCUCCAGGGAGCUCUCACUUUGAAGCAGAUCAGCUUCAAUCACAGGUUGGAACAAGUACAAACUGCCCGUGCCCACUUCAUGGACUUUUUAAAGCAAUGUCAGAACUACCAGGUCACAAAGUUUGAGCUUCCCUCAACCCAGGAUAACCCCCCUGGAAAAAAAUCGUUCGAUGGGCCCACGGGAAGCCAGCAAAGCCUCGUUGCCAUGGCGUCCCACAGACAAGCCAAAAUAGAGAGAUACAAGCAGAAGAAGGAGCUGGAGAACAAGUUGGCAUCUCUGGAAUCUGCUGUAGAAAAUGGCCGAGCAGAUGAGGAACAAGUUCGAGAAUAUUACCUGCUUCACUUACAGAAGUGGGUCAACAUCAGUUUGGAGGAGAUCGAGAGCAUCGACCAAGAAAUAGUGAUCCUGAAAGCCCGAGACUUGGGAAAACAGCCAUCAACUUCUCGGGUGCCUCCUCAGAACAGAGCUCCAACCAAACCUUUUAUCCUCACUCGGGACACUGCCCAGGCCAAGGUAUUUGGCUCUGGCUAUCCCAGCUUGGCGACCAUGACAGUGAAUGACUGGUAUGAGCAACGCCAAAAAUGGGACGCAUUCAAGAAUUCAAAAGUGACCCUCAAUCAGGAGGCAGAUCAAGAUGAGGAUCAGGAAACAAAGUCAGAAGAGGAUGAUGAAGAGUCAUUACUCAAAAAGCGUAAUUGGGACGACUGGAAGGACACACAUCCACGGGGUUAUGGCAACCGGCAGAAUAUGGGUUAAUUUCACCAAGAAGAAAUAGGACCAGAGGGGCUCGAAUCUUCGCCUCCAAAGGAAAGUUGUACAGGUUCCCACUCCCCUGCCCUCCUCCCUCUCCCGUGUACAAUGACAUCAGAGACAGUUCAUCUUGCUGUGCAUUCAAUAAAGUGUCAAAAGACUUAAGUGUGCACUUGUAGCCUAGCUGAUGAGCUGACAGCUGUUGCAGACGUCACACUUGAGCAGAGAUUCCCAGUUUCCCAGACAUUGCCAAGUAAGUGGAAAGGAAAAAGCAAUGAGAAAUGGCUCUGUAUUAUUGAUUGUGGUAUGGAUUGUUUAAGUCCCAUGCGUUUUAAGCCUCCAUGGAACCAAGCCCCUUCCUAGCUGGGCUACGUAGAAGCCGCUUGUCCAUGGAAGAUCUCAGUGAAUUCUUUACACUCGUAACCACUGGUGACAACCCCCUUCUGCCCUCCAAGUACUUUGGGCACCGUGGCAUUUACAAAAGGACAGAAUCAGGGGCCAAGAUUUCCCCUGCCUCUUGGCAUCAUUUUCAGGAAUCAUCAACAGGGCCAUAACUGAACUCUGGUGGACACCCAAGGCCAGCCUUCACAGACUGUUCCUCAGGCACUACUUGAAGCAGUUUGCAAAUAACAACAGUGCCUUAGGGGUCUCACCAGCACUCGCUUUGGUCCCACGUGGAGGCUAUGACAGGGACGUGAGAUCCUGGGACUUCUGGUGCCACUGCUUCCCACCUCUUUCCUUCACCUUAAGUUCAUUGAAGUCAACAAUUCUUCCCUUGCAGCUCUUCCGAGAGCUUUGUUUGCUAAUUCAUAACCGACAUCUCGCAGAGAUCGUCCGUCUUCUUCUCGGAGGCCACGGGCUACAAGAUUUGCAGAAACGUUUGCCUGGUCUUGAAGAGAAGGGGGAGCUGGCUCAGGCCCUCAUCUCCGGCGUUUUAUUGCUUGUGAUGCACAGCACUUCUACUCCGGGAUCUGUCAUCUCAGCAGUAUGGCCAUUUCUUCCAACAUGUCUUCCCUAAGGACUUUAGAAGCAGCAUUCAAGGUUCUCAGAACUGGGAGAGUCCAUACGGUAGUCAAAUGUCCUUCCUUGGGAUCUUUGGACAGCAAGAGGAUAGUGUUGGAGUUGUCUCUUGCUCUCGGCACGUGACAAGACUUCUCUUUUGAAAUCGUACGUCUCUUGAUGAUACCCCGCUCCGUAAUUCCUUGCCCGGACCCUGCUCAGGCUCCCCAAGAGCCUCUCCGUUAUCCCCUGGAUGGUCUUGGACAUGGCUUCUGUGGAGAUUAUCAUGUUUCACUUCUCAGCAGCACAUCCCCAGACAUAUUCAAUAAUUAGGACCGAUUUAACUCCUUUGAAAGAGAAGCUUGGGCUCGUUCAAAGAACUCUGCAGUUGCAUAGAAGCAAUUUCACUUGUUCUCUUCCUCGUGUGCGGUCUGGGACCUGAUUCAUCAUCCCUGGAUAUCUACUGAUGGAUAGGUUCCGUAUACUGUCCAUUCAAAUACAUUUCAUCUGCUGGGCGAUACAGUCUUCCUCCAUUUGUUUUUUUUUUCCUGCUAUGGAGUGUUAGACCCAACGCUUCAAAGAAAUUUGCGGAUAUCGUUUACGAGGCUCUAUCCAUCCUGCAGCGUUCUGGAGUCUUGAAGCGGCCGGCGGAGCGUCAUUCCAUGCCACAGAAGCUUCUGGCGCGCAUCAGCAUCUCUAGAGAGUCCCUCCGCCAUCUGGACCCCGCAUCGGAUCUUCUCCAGGACGGGAGCAGAGAGAUCUGGCGAGCACACAUAUUCUAGUUUCUGCCUUGCUUAAUAGAUUUCUAAGUAGUGGGUCUUGGAACAAGGUUGUGUUUCAUGUUUUAGGGGACAGUGUAUACCAUUGACAUAUGCAGAGAACCCAAAUCAGAGGAGAUUUUUUUUUUAAGGUGGUGGUUUGCUCUACCGACUCAAAUGCUUGUUUUAUUUGAUAGACAGUAAGCACAGUGGAAUCUCAUACUCUCAGUCAGUUAUAUGAUAGUCAAAAUACUUUGUGGAAUUUCAAUUGUGAAAGGCCGCUUGCUGAUUUCUAAUAACUUAAGUAUGCACUCGGUGUGUGUAGAUUAUUCUUAGAAAAUUUUAUAUAGGCAGGGAAAGUAGUUGCAGAUACCCUCUAGGUCCUCUUUCUCUUCUUUUUAGUAAUAAAGUCUGAGCUAUUUUUCCAUGCGUUAGCAUCUUCCCUUUCAGCUACCUUGAGAAUAAGUCUUAGUGCCCUUUUAAUGACGUUACCUCCUAACUGAUUUUCUCAUCUUCAGUUGCCAUUUUUACUUCUUCAUGUGCGCUUAAAAGUCCACAUGUGAUAGCUUUGCUGCCUUGAUGGUGGGAAAAGUUUAUUAAUCAAGAUAAUUGCAGAUAUUUUCCAUCUUUGAUCUCAUUAUCCUACUUUCAUCCUUCAAUGCUCUGAGGAUGGAUGCCUAUUAUAGUUGGGUCUCUCAUCAACACUUCUUCAACCUUCUACUGCUUCCCAUGAUUUUAAGAGGUAGUGUCCUCCAUAAUCUUCCACCAUCUGCUUCCAUCAGAUUUUUACAAACUUGUUUAUGUUCUAGAUACGUUGUGUUCUUGUCUGCCAUCCCUCCAUUCAGCAAACGGAUCAAGUGUUUGUUGACUAAGGCAGUUUUCAGGAUCUUUGAGACUCGUAAUUAUGGCAAUUGAUUUACAUUGGUUAAAUUAUAUGAAACUGUUAAAUAAUAAUAAUCAUCAAUGUCUUGUCUCCAUUUAUUUCUCACUUUUUAGAGUCUACUUGUUUAAGUCCGAUCGGAGUUCAUUUAAUUGCAUGCCAUAUCAUUUCCUCAUUUUUAUUUUGCUGGUUUUGUAUUACUUUUCACUUUUACUCUUAACAAGUUGGGUGGUCUUGACUGUAUCCAGAUAGCUGAUUCAGGAAUGAUUCUUGCAUCAGUGAUGAGUCAUUACCUAUCCAUCUGUUAAAAUGGUAAUUAAAUGUUUCAUUACGUAAUUUGGUGCUUAACAUUUUGAGCAUAUUAUAAUUCUCGUCAGGCCAAUUGGCGGUGAACUACUUGGCUAUGGUAAAAGCAAAAUCAUGGAAAGAAAAAUGAGUAAUGGUUUCAUUUUUACACAGGGCUUG